GCAAGUGCAGUGUGAAUGAACGAGCGUGAACAGAGCCACUUGCUUGCUGAUGUCUCUCUGAUCUGUUUCUCUCCUCCCCACCACCCCCCACCAGCUCCGGAAGAGAAGGAAGUCAUUAAAGGACAGUAUGGCAAGCUGACGGAUGCCUAUGGCUGCCUCGGGGAGCUGAGGUUAAAAUCUGGUGGUGUCCCCUUGAGCUUUCUGGUGUUGGUGACAGGCUGCACAUCAGUGGGCAGAAUUCCAGAUGCAGAGAUCUACAAAAUCACCGCCACUGAGUUUUGCCCCCUGCAGGAAGAGACCAAAGAAGAGGACCGCCUGCUCGCCCUGAAAAAAAUCCUGAGCUCAGGCGUGUUUUACUUUGCAUGGCCCAAUGAUGGUUCCAGUUUUGAUCUGACCAUCAGGGCACAGAAACAGGGUGAUGACUGCUCUGAAUGGGGGACCUCAUUCUUCUGGAACCAGCUAUUGCAUGUGCCCCUAAGACAGCACCAGGUGAGCUGCUGUGACUGGUUGCUCAAAGUCAUCUGUGGGGUGGUGACCAUCCGCACAGUGUAUGCCUCCCACAAGCAAGCCAAGGCCUGUCUCAUCUCUCGCAUCAGCUGUGAACGUGCAGGGGCCCGCUUCCUCACCCGAGGUGUAAAUGACGAUGGCCACGUGUCCAACUUUGUGGAGACAGAGCAGACGAUUUACAUGGAUGAUGGAGUUUCGUCCUUUGUCCAGAUCCGAGGCUCUGUCCCACUGUUCUGGGAGCAGCCAGGGCUUCAGGUUGGCUCCCAUCAUCUGAGACUACACAGAGGCCUAGAGGCCAAUGCCCCUGCCUUUGAAAGGCACAUGGUACUUCUGAAGGAGCAAUAUGGGAAACAGGUGGUCGUGAACCUGCUGGGAAGCAGAGGUGGUGAGGAGGUACUCAACAGGGCCUUCAAGAAGUUGCUCUGGGCUUCUUGCCACGCAGGCGACACGCCUAUGAUAAAUUUCGACUUCCAUCAGUUUGCCAAAGGCGGGAAGCUAGAGAAAUUGGAGAACCUGCUGAGGCCCCAGUUAAAGCUGCACUGGGAUGACUUUGGCGUGUUUGCGAAGGGAGAGAAUGUAAGUCCACGUUUUCAGAAAGGCACUCUGCGGAUGAAUUGUCUCGACUGUCUGGACAGAACCAACACUGUACAGUGCUUCAUUGCUCUUGAGGUCCUUCAUCUGCAGCUUGAGAGCCUGGGGCUAAAUUCAAAGCCCAUCAUUGACCGCUUUGUGGAGUCCUUCAAAGCCAUGUGGUCUCUGAAUGGGCAUGGGCUGAGCAAGGUGUUCACAGGGAGCAGGGCCCUGGAAGGAAAGGCCAAGGUGGGGAAGCUGAAGGAUGGGGCCCGAUCCAUGUCUCGCACCAUCCAGUCUAACUUCUUUGAUGGUGUGAAGCAAGAGGCCAUUAAGCUACUGCUGGUUGGAGAUGUCUACAACGAAGAGUCCACAGACAAAGGAAGGAUGCUACUUGACAAUACGGCUCUUCUGGUGACACCCAGGAUCCUGAAGGCCAUGACAGAACGCCAGUCAGAAUUCACAAAUUUCAAGAGGGUCCAAAUUGCUGUGGGGACCUGGAAUGUCAAUGGAGGGAAGCAAUUCCGUAGCAAUCUCCUGGGAACAGCCGAGCUCACAGACUGGCUUCUGGAUGCCCCCCAGCUCUCAGGAGCAGCGGACUGGCAGGGUGAUGGCAGCCCCGCUGAUAUAUUUGCUGUGGGAUUUGAAGAGAUGGUGGAGCUGAGUGCAGGGAAUAUUGUCAAUGCUAGCACCACUAACAGGAAGAUGUGGGGUGAGCAGCUUCAGAAAGCCAUCUCCCGCUCUCAUAGGUACAUCCUCUUGACUUCCGCGCAGCUGGUGGGCGUCUGUCUUUAUAUCUUUGUACGUCCAUACCAUGUCCCAUUCAUCAGGGACGUGGCCAUCGACACCGUGAAGACUGGCAUGGGGGGAAAGGCGGGGAAUAAGGGCGCCGUGGGCAUCCGCUUCCAGUUCCACAGCACCAGCUUCUGUUUCAUCUGCAGCCACCUGACGGCUGGGCAGUCGCAGGUGAAGGAGAGGAACGAAGACUACCGGGAGAUCACGCACAAGCUCUCCUUCCCCGCGGGGAGAAAUGUCUUUUCGCACGAUUACGUGUUUUGGUGUGGCGAUUUCAACUACCGCAUUGAUCUUACUUAUGAAGAAGUUUUCUAUUUUGUUAAACGCCAAGACUGGAAGAAACUUAUGGAAUUUGACCAGUUACAGCUACAAAAGUCAAGUGGCAAAAUUUUUAAAGACUUCCAUGAAGGAACUAUUAACUUUGGACCGACCUACAAAUAUGAUGUUGGAUCAGCUGCUUACGAUACAAGUGACAAGUGCCGUACCCCAGCCUGGACAGACAGAGUGCUGUGGUGGAGGAAGAAACAUCCAUAUGAUAAGACAGCUGGAGAACUCAACCUUCUAGACAGUGAUCUAGAUGGUGACACCAAAAUCAGACAUACCUGGUCUCCAGGAACUCUCAAGUACUACGGCCGUGCAGAGCUGCAGGCAUCUGACCACAGACCUGUGCUGGCCAUCGUGGAGGUGGAGGUGCAAGAGGUUGACGUGGGAGCCCGGGAGAGGGUUUUCCAGGAGGUGUCCUCUGUCCAGGGCCCAAUGGAUGCCACUGUUGUUGUGAACCUUCAGUCGCCAACCCUAGAAGAGGAGAACGAAUUUCCCGAGGACCUGCGCACAGAGCUUAUGCAGACGUUGGGGAAUUAUGGGACGAUUAUUCUGGUCAGGAUCAACCAAGGGCAGAUGCUGGUGACCUUCGCAGAUAGCCACUCGGCUCUCAGUGUGCUAGAUGUGGAUGGUAUGAAGGUGAAAGGCAGAGCCGUGAAGAUCCGACCAAAGACCAAGGAUUGGCUGAAAGGCUUGAGAGAGGAGCUCAUUCGGAAGCGGGACAGCAUGGCCCCUGUGUCUCCCACCGCCAACUCCUGCUUGUUGGAGGAGAACUUCGACUUCACGAGUCUAGACUAUGAGUCAGAAGGGGAUGUUCUUGAAGACGAUGAAGACUAUUUAGUGGACGAGUUUGGCCAGCCUGUGGUCUCAGAUGGUGAACUUGGCGGAGAUGACUCUUCUGAUAUCAUGAGCUCCUCAGCACCAUCCAGCAAAUCUCCUGCACUAGCUAAAAAGAAGCAACAUCCAACAUACAAAGACGAUGCUGACCUGGUGAAGUUAAAGCAGGAGCUGGAAGUUGUUGGGGAUUUUCGCCACCGUUCUCCAAGCAGGUCCCUGUCUGUCCCCAGUAGGCCUCGGCCACCUCACCCACCACAGAGACCCCCCCCUCCAACCGGUUUAGUGGUGAAGAAGUCAGCCUCGGAUGCUUCCAUCUCCUCUGGCACUCACGGGCAGUAUUCAAUCCUGCAGACUGCAAAACUUCUUCCAGGAGCACCUCAGCAACCACCCAAGGCUAGAACUGGAAUAAGUAAACCCUACAACGUCAAGCAGAUCAAAACCACCAAUGCUCAGGAGGCAGAAGCAGCGAUCCGGUGUCUCUUGGAAGCUAGUGGAGGUAUCCCAGAACUGGCCCCAGGUGCCAUGCCCCUGAGAGGCCAAGGGUCUUCUAAGCCAGAGGCCUCCCUGGACCCUCCAGUCCUCCCCCGCCGGCCUGCUCCUAGGGUUCCUGCCAUCAAAAAGCCAACAUUGAGGAGGACAGGAAAGCCCACAUCACCAGAAGAACAGUCUGAACAGCAGCCUGUCCAUUUUACAGUCGCUUCCAAGGAGAUGAGCCUUGAGACCCCGCUUCGAACGACAGCCCCUCAAGUCCUGCCUGUUCCCAAGCCAAGAACAUUUCUACCUGGGAAAGGUGUUGAGAGGAGGCCAAGCAGAGGCAAGACAGCACUGGAUGAAGUUCCUCCUGUGGCAGGUGCUACAGAGUUAUCACCUCCAGAGGCCCCGUCUCUGGCUCCCAAGGUGCCCCCGAGGAGGAAGAAGUCUGCACCAGCAGCAUUCCACCUGCAGGUCCUGCAGGACAACAGCCAGCUUCUCCAGGGCCACACGUGCCCCAGCAGCUCUCUGCCCCCGCUGCAGCCCGAAGCCCACCCACUCUGUCCGCAAGCUGGUCUUCUUGGCACCUCAUCCGCCAUAAGCCCUGAAACUGAUGACCCCAGAGUGGCGGAGCCCAAGGCAGUCUUCUUCCAUGGUGAUGAUCCGGAUCCCUUCUGGAACCUUCUCCACCACCCUAAGCUGUUGAAUAAUACCUGGCUGUCCAAGAGUUCUGACCCUUUAGACUUGGGGCCCAGGAACUCUGAGAGGACAAACACAGACCCAGCACAGGUCAGUGUCUCAGUGGCUGAGAGGGGGCUCCCACCAGACCAUGGGGGAAAAGACUUUAGUCACUGGUUGGCAGCCAAUAACAAAGACAAGAGGACAACAUUGGUGUUUGAUCCAUGGGCAAGAACAUGCCCUCUCAACUUUGAAGAUACUCUUGUUCCAGAUGUUCGCCUUCCUCAUGUGGGCACCGCUCGACCUGGUCAAAAGGGGUUAUUGGUUAAAAGUUGUGCGUCUGUCCCUCGUGUGUAGUUUAUAGAAACUGUCUCCCAGUCAGUAUAGUUAUUCAGCAGUCACCAAAGUGUUUUGUUCAAGACCUGUGCAUUCUAAGCUUGCUCUCAGGGGAAUAGGAUUUGCGCUGUUGGAUUCAGCAUAUGGAUUUUAAAGGAAAGAAAUCUAGCUGUCCAAGAUGCUCUCACUUACUGAAUUUUAAAUGGUUGUUCAACUUAAUGUGUGUGUGCCAUUUGCUUGUUGGUUUUGGUUGUGUUUUACAGAUUUGGGGUAAGUGGUGGGUUCAUAAAGCAUAACAUUAAAAGCAGUUGGGACCAUUAAGA